AGAAGACUGAUCUUCAGGUUUUUCUAGUAGUACUGGAAAAACGAUUUCCAGUUUAUCAAAGUUUCCUUUUGAGUAUUUAAGGAUUUGUAACCUAAGGGAAAAAUGCGUUGCGGUUCAGCUGCAUGGGCUGCUUUACAAUCCGGGCCAGCGUCAGUCCCGAUCCAGUCAGAUUUGGGCACUGCUGAGCGUCGCAGUCUCCUAGCAACACAGCCCGUCGCCGCGCGACUGCAGAAGGAAGAAAGAUCUACCUAAGGAUCCACUUUGAAACUCCCACUGGCUCUGUGCCCUGGGUCUCCAUCAGCCAACCAGCUGGGGUAUGAGGAGAAGCAGCCCGGCGUCCUGUGGCCUCGGUGGAGUGGAGGAAUCCCAGAGCAGACAUGUAAGGAGGAUGGACCUCCAGGCCCUGUCCUCCUAUGACCGCCAGCAGUGGUACUACAGCAUUUUGGGACAGCUUACUCUACACGAGGGGGAGACAGAUAGGACUGUGGAGGUGCACCCUGUCUCAUCUGUCUUGGAGGACCAUAGACUCGCUCCAACCUCUUUAUCAGAUUUGCAAUCCAUGUUGGAGGAGUGGAUGCAGAACCAGUGCGUCGUCCAUUCAGUCUCUCAGGAUGACCAGCAAGCCCUGACAGCUACAAUGAUGUCACAGCUAAGACUGGUUUGCCAUGACCUCAGCGGGGUGAACCAUGACCCCUCGCUGUCCCAGGAAGACAAUCAGCAGCUCCAGAGUGACAUCUUCAGCGAGAUCCUCCGGGUGUGCGAGCGCCUGUGUCUGCACUACAUCCACCUGCGAGACGUCCUGCGGAAGCGUGGUGUCUUCGGCGAUCAGGCCAACCGCAGCCGCUUGUGUGCACAGAUGACCUUGGACUGUGCCAAAUUUUUAAACAUUCAGACAAUCAGGCGCAGUGUGACUGCGGAGAUUAAGGCUGCAUGGAAGGUAAAGCCUAGCAGUGGACAGCAGGGGGCACCAGAGUCAUUGGACAGGAAGGGCAGGAAGAGUGGAUUUGAAAAUCAACAGAAAGCUUCCAUUGAGAGAGACCUCCAAGAGAUAGAGGAGGAGAUUGGGGAGCUGAAUUUGGAAUGCGUGUAUGACCUCAUACCAUGUCACCUGGAAGAGACUACCCACAGAAAACAGUAUACUGCGGAUAGCUGCGCUGGUGGUGCUGCCCGGGGGGGGGCGGUCUGCACUCCCAGUGGCUCUCCCAUCAGACUGAGGGGCUGCCAGUCCAUGCCGGAGCUGGAGCAGGGGUCCCUGCUGGAGGAGCUGGGCUUGGAGCCGCCGCCGUCUCGGGCACCCUCUCCAGUGGUGCUGCUGGGCCUGGAGCCAAGCUCCUGCCGUGAGAAGGAGCCCAUCAGCGCUGCUGAAGACUUGAGGAGAUUGGUGCAAGACAUUGGGUCUGUGGGUGAGCCUAAAAUGACUGACCCCGAGAUAGACCUGGAGAUGGACCUGCCCGCCCUGAUCAGCGCUCUGCCUCGCAGCGGCUCCAGCAAGCUUCAUCUCCUGCGACAGACCUUACAGAAGUUCACCGAGGAAGAAGAGGACCAUGGCACGGCGAAGAGCGCUGUGAUGGAGGAACCUCUACACCCACAGCCAGUGGCUGUCAGUGUCUCGCUCACCCCCAAAUCCAUCGCUCGCACAGCGCCCCCCCGUGUCUCUGACAGGGUGUUUACAGAAACGGUCAAACUCCAUAUGUACCCACCUGUCUACAGCCAUCUCACUGGGGAGAUUGAGCCCUCUUCAGUGAAGUGGCUGGACCGAAACCUGAACCCCAGGAGAGAAAUAACAGAGGUUUACAGGGAGCUCUCCAAAACUGUUUCCAACCACUACCUGAACUUUGAUGAGUCAGACCCGGUGAUUGAGCCGGCUGUGGAGGAUGGGGGUGAUAUGUGGAUGCCCCCCCGCAAGAACAGUCAGAGGUCGUUCAACCCAGAGCUGGAAAGGUCUGGCAUCAACCAUCCCGCCUACAGAAAGACAGAGGUUCUCGUGCAGCAUAAGAAGCCCCACAAAGUGACAUCGGGGACAAAUGACAGUCGGCAGCACUGGUCGAAGUCCCACCUGUCUGUGGAUGACUAUAUGAAGUAUAUUUCAAACCAAAGACUGGAUUACCUGGGAGAGGUAUUUCACCUGCAUGACAGUGAUGACAGUGACGAGGAGGAGAACAGGAAGAGGAAGGCCUUGGCUCAGCAUGAGGAGAAGAAGUCAGUAAAUGGUUCCUUAUUGCUCUUCCUGCUUGAUAUCAUUUGUGGUGCAUGUCCUGUCUACUUCCAACAUCACAGAAGGCAAAGUCAGAAGAUUGACUCUCAGAAGAGGAUAAAGGAGGAGUUUGCGGCCGGGGUUUGGAAUGUGAACUCUGGGCUGCUGGGAGGUCUGGGGAACGAGUCACUGCCGAAUGAGGUGGACAGUCAAGAUGAGGACACAUCUUCUAGCUUUACACAGAGGGCCCAGGAGAGACAGAGCCCUGGAAAGGAGCCCUUUGUUGCAGUGAGUGAGGACGACCAGUUGCAAGUCUGUCUGGAAAGGAUCUGGAAGGCUCUGUCCUUCCCAUCCAGCCAGAGACUGGAGAUGGCCAUCAAGUACAGUUCGCCCUCGUACCAGAGUCGUCUGAAGGAGGCGAUUACAGCGUGGGAGCGCACUGCCAAGCUCAUCCAGCAGAGGGAGACACUGCUGGCCCAGCUGGAGAUGUUUGAGAGGGGGGCGUCUGACCCCAGCAGGUUCUUCCAGCAUGGUUAUCGAGGCACAUCGAUUGCAAGGAUGGAUGAGUCCAGGCGCAGGCAGAAAAUCAACAGGCAGAUAUCAGCCCUGGAAAGGAUCCUGUCCGAGGAUAUCCGACUCAUCCGCGACCGUUUCUGCGAUACCGUCACUUACAAUGUAAGCAUGAGUUCCACCAUCAUUCUUACCCCAGUGGAGAAAUGGAGACUGGCAUAAACAGCCUCAAGAGGCAAACUCAGAUCUAAGGCUGUGCCUUACAACGCAAGUCCAGGGCCCUUUAUAUCUGUCACCUCCUGUCUGUACUGAUGAAGUAUUAUAUUUGGCACAUGUCAGUGUCCUUUUUCCUGUUGGCCAAUGUAGGCAGUAUGGUAGGCUCUUCUUCACCGCU